AUGGAACCAACAACAGAAACCACACCACUACUUACAACCACCCAGACCGUUACAUCCAAUUAUGAAGAGAAUAGCACAUCAUACGGCUCUACUAUGAUUUACAUAGAUGACAACGGAAAUCAGCACGAGGUAAUUAAACGAACUCAGAAUUUUUGCUGA